AUGGAUACCAAGACAUACGACAUCACGCACUCGGAAGACGUCGCCGCCGGACGGCAGCAACAGCACGAAUAUGGCGACGUUCAGGGCACCGCACGCAUACACGCCUCGCGCAUGGAAGAGGCGCUUCUGCAAGAGAAGCCGAGACCACUACGCAAGAGUUUCCUGAAACUGUAUGCCUGUAUCUUCGUGGCAUAUUUAUGCUCGGCGACCAAUGGUUUUGAUGCAAACACAUUUGGCGGCCUGUCCGCGAUGCCGCCGUUCAUCGACUUCUUCGGCAUCAACUCCAACAACCAAGGCCUGAUUGCGGCACUGUACGUCAUUGGCAAUGUGGCUGGCUCCUUUUUCGCCGGACCCUGCUCAGACAAAUACGGCCGGAGGGUGGGUAUGGCCAUCGGCUCAACCGUCUGCAUCGUUGGCACUAUUCUGCAAGCAGCUGCCCAAAACCUCGCGACGCUCGAGGGCGGAAGGUUCAUUCUUGGAAUGGGCGCCGUCCUCGUGCAGACCGCUGGUCCAAGCUAUGUCGUCGAAAUGGCGUACCCGAAGUAUCGUGGACAGCUCACAGGCGGCUUUCAAGCUUGUUUCUUCCUGGGUACCAUUAUCUCGACGUGGCUCGAGUAUGGACUGUACUACAUCAACACCGAGUCGUCGUAUAUAUGGCGACUCCCGCUGGCGGUGCAGGGUCUCCCGUCCAUAAUCAUCCUUUGCUGCGUCUGGUUUAUUCCGGAGACGCCUCGAUGGCAAGUAACCGGGCAAGAUAUGGGCACCACUGGAACUCAUGACCGAAUCGAAGAGGCGAAAGCCGUGCUGGUCAAGUACCACGGUGACGGCGACCGGGACUCGGUCGUCGCGCGGGUCGAGCUCGAAGAAAUGAUGGAGGUCAUCCGCAUGGACGGCGCGGACAAGCGCUUCUGGGAUUUCCGCGAACUCUUCAACACGAGGGCCGCACGAUAUCGCACGUUCCUGGUCACCUGCAUCGCGUGGUUCGGUCAACUCGAUCUCCCGCCGACGAGCUACUAUUUCCCGCUCAUGGCGAAGACGGCUGGCAUCACCAGCGUGCACACGCAACUGUUGCUGAAUGCGCUUCAGACGCCCAUCAUGAUGGUCGCGGCUCUCUGCGGCCUGCGGUUCGUCGAGAAGUUGGGUCGUCGCAAGGUCUUGAUGGUUUCCAGUGCUGGCAUGUCCGCGUCGGUCGCGAUCAUCACUGCCUGCACCGCCAACCAGGCAGGGAAGCCUGCGGUGGGCGCCACUGGCGUGGCUUUCCUCUACGUCUUUCUCGUCGUCUUUGCCUUUGCAUGGACGCCCAUGCAGUCGCUCUACCCAGCAGAAGUCCUGACAUUUACCGCACGGGCCAAAGGCAAGUCCCUCACUCCAUUGCCUUCACUUUUCACCGUUCUCUCGCCCCACAUUUCCUCUCUCCUCCGCAAGGCCGACCGACUGACGAAUGUACUGUACUUGUGGGACGCGUUCGGCGUGCUCGUUAUCUACCUCUUCUUCGUCGAGACGCGCGGCCGCAGCCUGGAGGAGCUCGACGAGCUGUUCGAGGCCAAAAAUCCCAAGAAGGCCAGCUUGGAGUACAAGCAUGUCGUCAUCAAGAGUGAUGGGACUAUCAAGGACGCUGCUGUCGCCGAGAGUUGA